UGAGAGCCAUCAUGGAGAGAGCUGUGGUGCAAAUCACCCUCUUUGGGCUGCUGCUGGCUUUGGCUACCACACUACCAAACAAGGACAAUUGGGAUAUAUACAGCUUUCACAUCAACUCCACGGUGACCAGUCGUUAUGCAACCACUGUCAUCUCAAGCCGCAUGGCCAAUCGUAUGGACGAGUCAAAGGAAAUAGAAUUCCACGUCCGGAUUCCCAAGAAUGCCUUCAUCAGUAAAUUUAGAAUGUUUAUAGAUGGCGAAGUGUACGAUGGUGUUGUAAAAGGUAAAGACAAAGCUCAGCAGCAGUACACCGAAGCUGUGUCCCGUGGCCAAAGCGCUGGAAUUGUCAGUUCUGUAGGGAGGACCCUGGAGGAAUUUAAGACCUCUGUGACUGUGGCUGCUCACAAAAAGGUCACCUUUGAACUCACAUAUGAGGAGCUGCUGAAACGCAGGCUUGGCAAGUACGAGCUGCAAAUCCACGCUCGACCCAUGCAGCCUGUCAAAGACUUCAAGAUUGAUGUGUUCAUUCACGAGAAAUCCGACAUCAAUUUCAUUGAGGUUAAAGGAGGACUAAGCACCAAUGUCCUGGCCAAUGCCAUCACCAAAACACAUGCAGACAAAAAGGCGUGGGUGUAUUUUUACCCAACAGAAGACCAGCAGAAAACGUGUGACAGCUGUGGAGAGCAGGGUAUGAAUGGAGAUCUGGUUAUUGUUUAUGAUGUCAAAAGGGGCAGCUCCAUGGGAGACAUCAAGACUUCAGCGGGAUACUUUGUUCAUCACUUUGCUCCAUCUAGUCUUGCCCGCAUAUCAAAAAAUGUUGUCUUCGUUAUUGAUCAAAGUGGCUCAAUGCACGGCAAAAAAAUGCAACAGACCCGAACAGCAUUAAUCCACAUCUUGAACGACCUGGCAGAGGAUGAUCAUUUUGGUCUUAUCACUUUUGAUAGCAGCAUUUUUCACUGGAAACGAGAACUUGUUCAGGCCAACAAUGAAAACCUAGAGAGCGCCAAGACAUUUUCAAGGGGAAUUAGAGAGAGAGGAUCCACAGACAUUAAUGGAGCAGUGUUGGAAGGAGCACGUAUGCUGAAUGCACAUCCCAGGGAAGGUUCAGCGUCUAUCCUCAUACUUCUCACCGAUGGAGACCCAACCUCAGGGGAGACAAAUCUGGAAGAAAUCCAGUCAAAUGUCAGACGUGCUAUUGCAGACAAAUUCCCUCUCUACUGUCUCGGUUUUGGUUUUGAUGUCAAUUUUGAGUUCCUUGAGAAGAUGUCACUGCAGAACAAUGGUGUGGCACGUCGGAUUUAUGAAGACUCUGACGCUGCCUUACAGCUGAAGGGUUUCUAUCAAGAGGUGGCCACUCCUCUGUUGAUAGAUGUGACAAUGACUUAUAAUGGUGGGACCAAUCUAACUCAGACUAACUUCAGCCAGUAUUAUAAUGGCUCCGAGAUUGUGGUGGCUGGUCAGAUCACUGACAACAAUAUUGAAACCUUCACUCCACAAGUUAUGGCCAUUUCGAGGAGUAGAAAGGUGACGUUUUUUGACACAAACUCCACCGUGGAGUCCACUGGAACAGAGUCUGAUGACCACAUCCAGAGGGUUUGGGCCUACCUCACAGUCAAACAGCUUCUGGAGAAAGAGCUGAUGUUAUCUGGACCUGAGAAGGAAAACGUGAAGAAAGAGGCUUUGGAGCUGUCGCUGAAGUACAGCUUUGUGACCCCACUCACAUCCAUGGUGGUCACCAAGCCUCAGGGCGAGGACACAGAUGUGCUCCUUAAACCCAAGGAAGGUGAAGCGCCACAGGACCGGCGAUCUUUUGGAGUGAAUAGAUAUGUGCUUCGAGGCUCCUUGGGACAAUCAGGUUCUUCAAGCCGUACUAUGCCAGCUCACCCGGGUAUGUCAGCUCACCCUGGUGUUUCACGUGAUACGGUUAUGUCAGAUUUAAUUCUUGACUACGAUUUUGCAACCCAAGUUUCACCCACCAUUGUGCCAGAAAGAGAAACUAAUGUUCCUCUUUCCCACAGGUUUUUGAUCAAAACUGAGAAUCUCUCACUUCCACUAUGCUUUGAUGUCACUGGAGAUGUUCGCCUUAAACUACUUCAUCAUCACAACAGGGAGCUGUCUGUGAAUGGUCAGCUUGAUUCAGUAACAUUUGGAGGCUUCCAAAGGAUUGUCAUCCACUUCAAGACUGACCUAAGUGUUGAGGUUGCAACCAAUGAAAUCACUGUACGAGAGGGACAGUCAAUGUCACGCCACAGUGGACAGACUUACUUUACAAAUGGAAGAUUGACAGUGAUUAGGCGGGACCAGGAAAUCGUUGUUUCAUCUGGAGACACACGCAUAGUCAUCUUAAUUCAUGUGAAGGAUGGCGAAGAAUUCCUCUGGCCGGUUUUAAGACAGCAGCCAUCAGACAACACUGAAGGAAUUCUAGCUCUAAAGCCAGCAGUUUAUGAGGAGGUGCAACAAACUCCCUCCACAAAACUUAAGAUCAAAGACCUGGAGAUUGACGUUACCAGGGCCAAUGCUGUUGACUACAGUAUUGUCUCUCCCUCGACAAUUGACUGCUGGCUCAUGUCUGCUGAGUUUGCCCUGCAGAGAAGCUUGGAUGACUUCAUUGCUACACAACUGUAACUGGGAGCCAUGUCGAAUCACUUGCAAAGAUUUCAUUUAAAAGAAAAAUAAGUCAAGCACAAGCUGAUUCAUUAUGGAUAAAGUCUUUCCACCUGUUACUAACA